AUGGGUUCAUCUCUCUCUCUCUCUUUAUCUAUCUAUCUAUCUAUCUAUCUAUCUAUCUAUCUAUCUAUGUGUCUGUAUGUCUGUCUGUCUAUCUAUCUAUGUAGCACGUUAUCAUUCUUCAUCUUUUUUGUCUUCACUGUUCCCACAAUUUUCUUCUUCUACUACUUAAAGAUUAUAAUCAUUCAUUCUCCUUUAUUGUUUUCUUCUUAUCGAUGCCUUCGCUGCUUCUUUUUCUUAUUUUCUUUCCUUGUUGCUUUUUUCUUCAACAAUUUUAGUCUUCUUUUCUUUUCUUUCCUUCUUCAUUCUUCUCUCCUUCUCCUCUUGUUCUUAUUCUCAUUAGCUUUCUUAUUUUUUUCUUCUUUUUCUCUUUCAAUUCUUUCUUUCUUUCUGUCUUUAUUUCUUUCUUUCCAUGACACCAAAAGAAAUGUGUGCUUAACCGCAUUUCUCAGGCUAAUUCUCCAACACACUCCCCCUCCACCUUUUCCUAAAUUUCUCGAAAGAAAUCUUCAUCAACCACCACCCAUCUGGCUGUUUCCACGAAACACUUCAAAAAUCAUUUUCAUGUAUUUUCUUUUUUUUUUUUCCGAUAUCUGGGAUCGGGUCCGUACUGAUACCACUGCAACUGCUGCUCCUGUUACCAAUGUUGCGAAUGUUAGUACUGCCAGUUCUGUGAUAAUUCCUGCUUCUGCAACCACGCUGUAUGUUGCUAACUCCGCACGACCUCUGUUGCUAACGAUACUACUGCUACCGUUACUGCAGCAGUAA